GUGCCCGCUCGUAUCGCUCCGCAAGGAGAGGAAGUGCUCGUAGACCAAUCACAUCUGUGUUUACACCGUCACCUGUCAAACACCUCUGCUACAUUUCUCUCUGAAAGGAGCUGAAACACACACUCACACUGAAGCGCCUUCGGUAGCCGCUAACUGGACGGACUCUCUGGCAAUUGACCUUUUGCAGUGGAAAAGUGGAAUAAGUCUUGGACCAUGAGCUCAGUGGCUGUGUUGACCCCGGAGAGCUUCGCCGAGCAUCGCAGCGGUCUCAAAGAUCAGGAGAUUACAGGUUGCGUCCCGGAGGAUGAGGCCUACAUUCCCACCUAUCUGGAGGCCUUCCCUCCGCUGCCGGAGAAAGGCGCUCCGGGGGAAAAGACGGGGGAGCCGCCUUUGCCAUGGGGGAGCAAGAUCCGCCCUAUCAAGGCCUCAGUUAUCACCCAGGUGUUUCAUGUCCCCCUGGAGGAGCGGCGCUACAAGGACAACAGCCAGUUUGGGGAAGGAGAGGAGGCCAAGGUGUGCCUGGACAUCAUGCAGCGGACUGGAGCACACAUUGAGCUUUCCCUGGCUAAGGACCAGGGCCUGUCCAUCAUGGUUACUGGCAAACUGGAUUCGGUUAUGAAGGCUCGCAAGGAAAUCGUAGCCCGCCUGCAGACGCAGGCGUCGGCUACGGUCGCCAUUCCCAAGGAGCAUCACCGCUUUGUCAUCGGUAAGAACGGUGAGAAGCUGCAGGAGCUGGAGCUGAAGACCGCCACCAAGAUCGCUAUUCCACGACCCGACGACCCCAGCGCCAACAUCCGCAUCACCGGCACCAAGGAGGGCAUCGAGAAGGCUCGCCACGAGAUCCUCCUGAUCUCAGCAGAGCAGGAUAAGCGUGCGGUGGAGCGCCUUUCCCUGGAGAAAGCCUUCCACCCCUUCAUCGCCGGCGCCCACAACAGGCUGGUACAGGAACUGAGCCAGGAGACCGGCGCCCGCAUCAGCAUCCCGCCGCCGAGCCUGCCGAAGGACGAGAUCGUCAUCACCGGCGAGAAGGAGGCGGUCGCUCUGGCCGUCAAUCGCAUCCGAGCCAUCUACGAAGACAAGAAGAGGAAGACCACGACGAUCUCGGUGGAGGUGAAGAAGUCCCAGCACAAAUACAUCAUCGGCCCAAAGGGCAACACUCUGCAGGAGAUCCUGGAGGCCACCGGGGUGUCGGUGGAGAUGCCUCCGCUGGACUCCGCCUCAGAGACCAUCAUCCUCAGAGGGGAGCCGGACAAACUGGGACCAGCUCUCACACAGGUCUACGCCAAGGCGAAGAGCGUGAUGGUGGUGGAGGUCAGCGCUCCGGCUUGGCUCCAUCGCUUCAUCAUCGGCAAGAAAGGACAGAACAUCGGGCGGAUCACGCAGCAGCUGCCGCGGGUUCACAUCGAGUUCACAGACGGUGAGGAGCGAAUUAGUCUGGAGGGUCCGACGGAGGAGGUGGAGCUAGCUCAGACCCAGAUACAGGAGAUCAUCAAGGACCUGCUGGUGAGGAUGGACUACACUGAAGUCAACAUCGAUCAGCGUUUCCACAGACACCUCAUUGGGAAGAACGGAGCCAACAUCAAUCGUAUCAAGGAGCAGUACAAAGUGUCGGUGAGAAUCCCACAGGACUCUGAGAGGAGCAACCUGGUCCGCAUCGAAGGAGACCCUAAAGGAGUGCAGAUGGCGCGCAGAGAGCUCAUCGAGAUGGUUCAGCGAAUGGAAAACGAGCGCACCAAAGACCUGAUAGUAGAGCAGAAGUUCCAUCGGACGAUCAUCGGCCAGAAGGGGGAGAAGAUCAAGGAAGUCCGAGAUAAGUUUCCUGAGGUCAUUAUUACGUUUCCCGACCCGUCGCAGAAAAGCGACAUCGUCCAGCUGAGAGGGCCAAAGAACGAGGUGGAGAAAUGUGCAAAGUUCCUGCAGAAGAUCAUCGCAGACCUGAUCGAGAACAGCUUCUCGCUUUCCGUCCCCAUCUUCAAACAGUUCCACAAAAACAUCAUCGGAAAGGGCGGCGCCAACAUCAAAAAGAUCCGUGAGGAAACCAACACUAAGAUCGACCUGCCGACGGAGAACAGCAACUCUGAGACCAUCGUCAUCACGGGGAAGAAGAACAACUGUGAAGCCGCCAGAGAUCGGAUCCUCGCCAUCCAGAGAGACCUGGCCAACAUUAAGGAGACAGAAGUCGCCAUCCCAGCUAAGCUGCACAACUCUCUGAUUGGCUCCAAAGGCUGCCUGGUGCGCUCCAUCAUGGAGGACUGCGGGGGCGUCCACAUCCACUUCCCCUCUGAGGGCUCCGGCUCAGACAAGGUCACCAUCAGGGGCCCCGCCGGCGAAGUGGAGAAGGCCAAGAAACAGCUGCUGCAGCUGGCGGAAGAGAAGCAAGUCAACAACUUCACCGUGGAGCUGCAGGCUAAACCCGAGUACCACAAGUUCCUGAUCGGUCGAGGCGGGGCCAACAUCCGCCGCGUCAGGGACAGGACGGGGGCCCGCAUCAUCUUCCCGUCCCCAGACGACACGGAGCAGGAACUGAUCACCAUCGUAGGGAAGGAGGAAGCUGUUCGCCAGGCCCAGAAAGAGCUGGAAAUCUUGGUCAAAAACCUGGAUGACGUGGUGGAGGACAGCAUGGAGGUGGACGUUCGCCACCAUCGCCACUUCGUGUGUCGCAGAGGUCAAGUCCUGCGGGAGCUUGCGGAGGAAUACGGCGGCGUGGCCGUGAGCUUCCCUCGCACCGGAUCCAGCAGCCAGAAGGUCACUCUGAAGGGAGCGAAGGACUGCGUGGAGGCAGCGAAGAAACGCAUUCAGGAGAUCAUCGAAGACCUGGAGUCGCAGGUGAAUGUGGAGGUGGCCGUCUCUCAGCGGCACCACCGCGCCAUCAUGGGGCCCAAAGGCAGCCGCAUCCAGAACAUCACCAGGGAGCACGAGGUCCAAAUCAAGUUCCCCGAGAGAGACGACAGUGCUGCAGGUCAGGACGCGUCGCCGCAGGAGAACGGUGACGUCAGCCCAGAGGCGGAGUUCGUCCCUCGCAAGUGUGACAUCAUCACAAUCUCUGGGCGGGUGGAGAAGUGUGAGCUGGCCAGGGCGGCCCUGCUGGCACUGGUUCCCAUAACGGAGGACGUCGAAGUGUCUUACGAUCUGCACCGCUACAUCAUCGGCCAGAAGGGCAGCGGAAUCAGGAAGCUGAUGGAGGAAUACGAGGUGAACAUCUGGGUGCCGCAGCCUGAGAGACAGCUGGAUGUGAUCAAGGUGACGGGUCUGGCAGCCAACGUGGAGCGGGCCAAGCUGGGCCUCCUGGAGCGCGUCAAAGAGCUUCAAGCCGAGCAGGAGGAUCGGGCUCUGCGCAGUUUCAAGGUCACCGUGUCUGUAGAUCCAAAGUUUCAUCCCAAGAUCAUCGGCCGGAAGGGCGCGGUCAUCUCCCAGAUCAGGAAGGACCACGACGUCAGCAUCCAGUUCCCCGACAAAGGAGACGACCAGCAGGAUCUGAUCGUCAUCUGCGGCUACGAGCGGAACGUGGAGGAGGCCCGUCAGGCCAUCCAGCAGCUGGUGUCCGAGCUGCAGGAGAUGGUGAGCCAGGAUGUCCACCUGGACCCGAGGACUCACGCUCGCAUCAUCGGCGCCCGGGGCAAAGCCAUCCGCAAGCUGAUGGAGGAGUUCAAGGUGGACAUCCGGUUCCCGCAGCCCGGCUCCGAUGAGCCCGACAAGGUGACGGUCACGGGCCUUCCCGACACGGUGGACGCAGCCAUAGAUCACCUGCUCAACCUGGAGGAGGAUUACCUCCUCAGCGUGACGGAGACGGAGACCUUGGCGGCGUACAUGAAGCCUCCGUCUCGCCACGGAGGGGGAGGCGGAGCAGGAGGGCUGGAUGACAGCAGCGGGGGUCCGGCUAAAGGCUUCGUGGUGCGGGACGCCCCCUGGAACGCAGCAGGGAACAAGGCUCCUGACAUGAGCAGCGCCGAGGAUUUCCCAACGUUCGGCACCGGCGUGGCCCCGAAGCAAACGUCCGCCUGGGGCCCCAAGAAGUUCUGAAGGAAAACGACGACUAAACUUGUGUACAGUGAAGUACGAGACGAAACUAAUUUCAAGUCAACUUGCUGCUCGCCUUCCCCCUUUUACUCCUCGUCUCUCUAGUGUCCCUCUGCUCCCGCCGGUCUCCCACACCAGCCAAAGUGAAUUCUGGGAGAUUGAGUCUUAUCUGUCUCUCUUAAUGUAGUUCAUUCCACUCUUCCUUCCUUGAAGACAGGAAGGGGCAAAAUGCUCUCGUCAUAAUUUUGCUACCCCGCUCUGCUUCUCCCUGAAACGUUUCACAGACUGUCGUCUUCUUCUCCCCCUGAGGCUGCCAAACGCCCGCUGUCCUCCCCCGUCCCCCCACUAAAGUCCCUUCGCUGCAGUCCAGCACAGACAGGAAGUACCCUCACGCUUCCUGAGCAGGACCUAUUUCAGGAAGUGGAGCGGUUUGUCCUGUUACAGCAGCUAAAUCUUGGGACUUUUCAGUCUAAACAAUAAAGUAAAUGGGAGUCAGUUUUUUAGCGUGAAAACAGUUUUUAACUAAAAACAACGUUUUAUGCGAUUUUUUCCCCUUAUGGUCUCUCUCUCUCUCUGUGCGGUGCAGCAGGUGAGGCGUUGAGGUCUGCGCUUGUUCUGGUGAUCAGAUUUUCUCGUCAGAAAUCAACAAUCGCAAAUUGGAGUUUGGUAAAGUCCAUGUGGCUCUCAUCAAUUUUAAAAAAAUGUGACAACAUGUUAGACGUAUUUUUGAUCAACUCGCCCUUUAGCAUUACAAAAGAAACAUCGCCCCCUAGAGUCACUUUUUGAUGGUUGCAGCCAGUCUUUUUUGUCUUUUUUUGCUUUCUGUUUGCCCACGAUUUUAUUUUUUUAUCAUAUUAAGUAUGAAAACGGACGGACAUUUCUGUUCUAAUCACAAAAACAAAAAAACGGGUUAAAUUUUACUGAAUAACAUUUUGUUUUUGUUUGGUCAGAAUAUUUUAAACUUGGAUGUUUGGUUUCCUCUAGUUACUGGUUAUUAUUUAAAAUACAAAAACAAAAUUAAGCCAUACCUAAAUUUCUACUCAUCUCAUAUUGCCACAAAAAAGAAAAUAAAAACUUAUUAUUUAUUAAAAGAAAGCUGUAUUGUUGUGGGUCAAAAGUGGUUAGACAGAAAUUUUAACUGGUCUGAUUUUCUCACGUAAAACAAACAAAAAAUGUCUCCACUUUAAAAUUGUGAGAAUAUGAAAAACUUUUAAUUUCCAUUGCUUGUCUUUACCACUGAUUUAUUAUUUUUUUUAUUAUUUUAAAUAUGAAAACUUAGGAAGAAAAACAAAUCCACUCGCCUGUUUCAACAGAAAAAUAGGUAUUUUCUAAAAAUGCAAGUUUUUUGUUUUUUUUUCUUCAUUGCUAUAAAAUUAUUACAAAGAGGAAUUAAAUAUAAUUUUUAAAGCUCUGGUCUUGAAAUGCUGGGAUUUUAAGUUAUCCUGAACAAUCAGCCAUCAAAGUGAGAAAACAGACAAAUUUUUGUUACUAUUUUCUGUUGGUUCUGAUUAUAAUUAGGGAAAGAAAUUCCAAACCAAAACCUCUCUGUUCAUCUGUUUUUUUUUUUUGUUUGUUUGUUUUUACAAAAUUAAAAACUGUUAGGAUUUGUUCAAAUACUUAA